AAAGCAGAGGCCUUCGGUGUUGAAGCCUGGAGCUUGCAAAAUGGUUCUCUGCAUCAGAAGGACUCUGUUCAUGACAGUGACUUUGAGCCCUACCUUUCUGGACAGUCUAAUCAGAGUAACAGCUAUCCCUCAAUGACUGACCCCUACCUGUCUAGUUACUACCCGCCAUCCAUUGGGUUUCCCUACUCCCUCAAUGAAGCGCCGUGGUCAACCGGAGGGGACCCUCCCAUUCCGUACCUCACCACCUACGGCCAGCUCAGCAACGGAGACCAUCACUUUAUGCACGAUGCUGUGUUUGGGCAGCCAGGGGGCCUGGGGAAUAACAUCUACCAGCACAGGUUUAAUUUUUUCCCUGAGAACCCCGCCUUCUCAGCGUGGGGAACAAGUGGUUCUCAAGGGCAGCAGACUCAGAGCUCAGCUUAUGGAAGCAGCUACACCUACCCACCUAGCUCCCUGGGCGGCACGAUUGUGGAUGGCCAGACAGGUUUCCAUAGUGACACGCUCAACAAGGCCCCCGGGAUGAACAGCCUGGAGCAGGGCAUGGUGGGUUUGAAGAUCGGCGAUGUGGCCACAUCUGCAGUCAAGACCGUGGGGUCUGUCGUGAGCAGCGCGGUGAUGACCGGCGUUCUUUCUGGCAAUGGAGGCGCAAAUGUGAACAUGCCCGUUUCAAAACCCACUUCCUGGGCUGCCAUCGCCAGCAAACCGGCAAAGCCCCAGCCCAAGAUGAAGACCAAGAGUGGGCCCAUGAUGGGCGGUGCGAUGCCACCCCCACCCAUCAAGCAUAACAUGGACAUUGGCACCUGGGACCACCAGGGGCCUGUGACAAAGGUCCCAGCUCCCCAGCAGACGCCCUCACCCCAGUCAGCCCCACAGCCUGUCCCAAUGCAGCCACCGCCUCUGGUCCAGCCUCCAUACCAGAACUCCCAGCAGCCGUCCCAGACCCGCUGGGUAGCCCCGCGCAAUAGGAACGCGGCCUUUGGCCAGGGAGCAGGUGUUGGCAGUGAUAGUAACUCUCCUGGAAAUGCCCAGCCCAGUGUGGCUCCGAGCGUAGAAUCCCAUCCCGUUCUUGAGAAACUGAAGGCUGCACAUAGCUACAACCCUAAGGAGUUUGACUGGAACCUCAAGAAUGGCCGUGUAUUCAUCAUCAAGAGCUACUCAGAGGACGACAUUCACCGCUCCAUCAAGUACUCCAUCUGGUGCAGCACAGAGCAUGGUAACAAGCGCUUGGAUGGUGCCUUCCGCUCCCUGGGCAGCAAGGGGCCCGUCUACCUGCUCUUCAGCGUCAAUGGGAGCGGGCACUUUUGCGGUGUGGCUGAGAUGAAGUCGCCGGUGGACUACGGCACCAGCGCAGGGGUCUGGUCGCAGGACAAGUGGAAGGGGAAGUUUGACGUUGAGUGGAUUUUUGUCAAGGAUGUGCCCAAUAACCAACUCCGGCACAUCCGACUGGAGAACAACGACAACAAACCCGUCACAAACUCCCGCGACACCCAGGAGGUACCCUUGGAGAAAGCAAAGCAAGUACUGAAGGUCAUCGCUUCCUAUAAGCACACCACCUCCAUCUUUGAUGACUUCUCCCACUACGAAAAGCGCCAAGAGGAGGAGGAGGUGGUCCGCAAGGAACGGCAGAAUCGAAGCAAACAGUAA